UUAACUUGUUAUUCCUUUGUAAAAGCCCUGAUGGCUCUCCUGAUGGAGCACCAGUUCAGGCAGCUCCCGGCUGACAGGCAGGUGGAGACGCGACCUUUCCUGGAGGCGGUUUCCUACCUGCCGCCCUUCUUCGAUUGUCUGGGCUCGACGGUUUUUGCCCCCAUCAAAGCCGACCUCGCGGGCAACAUCACGAAAAUCAAGGCGGUGUACGACAGCAACCCGAGUCGGUUCAAGACGCUGCAGCAGAUCCUGGAGGUGGAGAAGGAGAUGCAUGGCUCCGAGUGGCCGCGGGUGGGAGCUACGCUCGCCCUCAUGUGGCUCAAGAGAGGGCUGCGCUUCAUCCAGGUUCUUCUGCAGAGUUUGUUGGACGGAGAGAAGGACGAGAACAACCCCAACCUGAUGAGGGUGAACAUCACCAAAGCUUACGAGAUCUCCCUGAAAAAGUACCACAGCUGGCUGGUACAGAAGCUCUUCAAAGCGGCGCUGUACGCGGCUCCGUACAGGUCAGACUUCCUGAAGGCGCUCUCCAAGGGGCGUGAGGUGAGGGAGGAGGACUGUCUGGACAAAGUGCGGCAGUUUCUGAUCAACUUCACACCCACCAUCGACGUCAUCUACGAGAUUUACUCCAAGAUGAACGCCGAGCUGGACUAUAAAGCCUGAGGCGCCGGCGCGCGUUCCUAUUGGCCGUCAUCAGACUGUUGUGUUUUAUUGGGACCAGGACUGAAUGUUUGUGUUGCUUCUUUUCUGCUUGGAUCUUUCAGCGUGGGUGUGUGGACCAACCAGGAUCCAGAGCGCUGUAUCAAACCUUCAUCUGAGGUUCUUCAUCACUUCUGCUGAAUCAUGUCAAACGUGUCAGACGUCCUUUUGGUCCAGCAGGUGGUGUUUGUCCCUCACAGCUCUAGACUCAUAGGUUUGAUCCUCACCUCUGGUUACUUCAGCUGUGGAGGUAGUGGACUAGUGAUCAGAAGGUCAUUGGUUUGAGCACCAUCACCAAGUUGACACUGUUGAGCCUUGGAAUAAGGUCCAUGACCCCUAGUAGCUUGCUUGUUAUAAAUUUAUGGCAGUGGACUAGUAAUUGGAAAGUCAAUGAUUCAAGAUGAUCCAAGUCCCACUCCAGUCUGGAUGCCAUUGUUGGGCCCUUGAGCAAGGCCCUUAAUUCUAAAUUGUUUGAAGCACUUUCAAUAAAAAAGCUCACAGUCAUGUGUCCACAUACCACAUGGGCCAUAAGACAUAUUCUGUUUGUGUUGCACGGCUGGUUGGGUUAUUAAGUUUAGGUUAAUAAUUGACAUUCUGUGGAAACUAAUUAAAGGUUAAUUUCCUUUCUUAAUAAAUGAGCCUCUAUUCAAGCGUAACUGUGCUAUAGUAACAGACUGAUAUUGUAAGAAAGUCAGAAACAUCCAGGCUGGUUAUGUGAAGAUAAUAUAUAACAUGUGUGAUGGUUUAAAUUAUAUUUUACAUUCGAAUGUGAUGAUUUAUGUGAGGUGGGAAAGAAUAAAAGUGUUAUUUCAUUUAUUUUGAUGUAAUUAUUAAUAUUAUUGAUGUAAGUGCAUCAUCAGACAUUAAA